AUCACAACCAUCGCCUUCAUCGCCAUCUCCAUCGCCCAUCUUUGCUCCGGAGCACUAUUAUCAGCAUCCCAGUCAUUCAUUCUUGCUCGUCUUACUCGCCUUGCUCCAAUAAAGUAGCCCCUCGUUGCUCCAUACAUCCAACAUACUACACACAACGCACAUCCAUCAUCCAUCAUCCAUCAUCCAUAAUGGCUGCUUCGCUGCCGCAGUUUCCCCGCAUCGUCUUUACGAUCCUUGAGCCCAUGUCGCUCGUGGCAGGCUUCCUUGGUGCCGUAUACGAUCCGGCAUGGUUCGUUGCACAGCAGAUCCCCCAGGAAAAGCCUCUCGUGGCCUCGGAGAAUAGCAUCGUGCUAGCCCAUCAACUAGGCAACAUGUACCUAGGAAUGUGUAUCGUGGGCUUGUCUCUGUUCUGGUCCACCUCCGAGGUCAAAGUUAUUCGCAGCUAUCUCAUCGCCCUGCUGAUUGCUGAUGCUGGCCACGUUGGCUUCACCUGGUACGGCAUGGGUUCUGAGCGCUUCUUUGACGUCUCUGGGUGGAACGCCAUGGCUUGGGGGAACCUGGGAGCCACCCUAUUCCUUGCUUUUACCCGAAUUGCCUAUCUUUCAGGCGUCUUUGGCCCAGAUAGUGCCAGUCCAGCCAUCAAGUCCAGCAAGAAGAAGAAUAAGGCCAAUUGAUGGGCUGUUGAUGGGCUGUUGAUGGGCUGUUGAUGGGCUGCAGAGCUACAAGUCGCUACUACUGCGAGUCAAUCCAAGCUUGUGACUCCAAUAUCGGUGAUAAACGAUGAUAGUCUUGCUAGAGGCUCACCACUUCCUCCAGUUUAUUAACAGGAAACUACCAGUCCGAGCUUCAUUAAAAGAGGAAGCUCGCCUAUUCCGGCAGUUCAGCUCGGUUUGGAGCUUCCAACGAUACUGGUGGGCUGCUGGUUAAUUCUUAGCACCAUCUAAUACUUGUAAUAAGG